UCCCAAGCCCGUGAACGCUGGAGUGCCCCAAGGCUGUGUGCUAUCUCCCACGCUGUUUCUUCUGCAUAUCAAUGAUAUGUUGGACACCGCCAACAUGCAUUGCUAUGCAGACGACAGCACUGGUGAUGCCGUAUACACGGGCCAUGCAGGUCUCUCGGGAAAACGUCGACCAGUGCCGGGUGAAACUUGUGUCUUCUAUCGAAUCCUCUCUCGAGAAGGUCGCGGAAUGGGGUAAGUUGAACCUUGUCCAAUUUAACCCCCAGCAGACUCAAGUUUGCGCGUUUACCACUAAAAAAACCCCAUUUGCCGUAUCACCGCUCUUCGAGAACACUUCCCUUAAAGCCUCGCCUAGUAUCGGAAUACUGGGUCUCGAAAUCUCGAGCAAUUGCCAAUUCCGUGGCCAUCUGGAGGGCAAAGCCAAACUGGCUUCAAAGAAACUGGGCGUCAUAAAUAGAGCACGGCAAUACUUCAAGCCGGCCCACAUUCUAGCGCUCUACAAAGCGCAGGUCCGGCCUCACAUGGAGUAUUGCUGUCAUCUCUGGUCUGGCGCACCCCAGUAUCAGCUCGAUCCAUUUGACCGCGUGCAACGCAGAGCAGCUCGAAUUGUCGGGGACCCAGUACUCUGUGAACGGCUGGAUCACUUGGCGUUGCGUAGAGACGUCGCUUCAUUGUGUGUCUUCUACCGCAUUUAUCACGGGGAGUGUUCCGAAGAGCUGUUCAACCUGAUUCCUGCCGCCGAAUUUCACCUUCGCACGACAUGCCACAAGUUACGAUAUCAUCCCCACCAUCUGGAUGUGUGGCGGUCCUCCACAGUGCGGUUUUCAAGGAGCGUUCUUCCUCGUACCACGAAGCUGUGGAAUGAGCUUCCUUGUGCGGUGUUUCCGGGACGAUACGACAUGGGUACCUUCAAGAAAAGCGCGUACACCUUCCUUAAAGGCCGGCAACGCUCUUGUGAUUCCUCUGGUGUUGCAGGAGAAUGUGGGCGGCGGUGAUCACUUAACACCAGGUGACCCGUACGCUCGUUUGUCCUCCUAUUCCAUAAAAAAAA